AUGACAAAUUUCUUAUAUGCAAAGAACAAGAUGGGAUUUAUGAAUCAAGCCAUUGAGAAACCAGAAGAAAGCACAGCUGAAUACUUGAUUUGGAUGAGGUGUGAUGCCAUGAUCAAAGGAUGGCUCACCACAACAAUGGAGAAACGCAUCAGAUCCAGCGUGAAGUGUGCUUCCACAUCAAUAGAAAUAUGGGCAGAUCUCAAGGAACAUUUUGGAAAGGAGAGUGCCCCUCGUGCUUAUGAACUAAAGAGAACACUUACCAUCACACACCAAGAUAGAGUUUCCGUUUCUACCUACUACACUAAGAUGAGAAGUGUAUGUGACGAGAUUCAAUCAGUGUGCCCUCUACCCUCGUGCACAUGUGGAAAAUGCACCUGUAAUAUUGGAAAGAAAUUGACUGAGUCUAAAGAGAAAGAAAGAUUGUAUGAAUUUCUUUUGGGACUGGAUGAUGUUUUUUCAACUGUCAGGACUCAAAUCCUCACAUCGAAACUUACACCAACACUUGGAGAAGCUUAUCAUCUUGUUGCUGAAGAUGAAUAG